CAAACUUUUUCUUGCACUUAUACGGGUGAAACCCGCAUUAAACAACUCAAACCGCACGCAAAUUGAACCUCUUAAAAAUCGAACUGUACCGCACCAAUCUAUUCGGUUUCCGCGUAGUUUUGAGCUAUAUUCCCAAAACUAUUCUUUUCACUCGCACAUAUCCGACUGUGAACCUACAGCAAAAGGCAUCGCCGUUUUUAUCUGAAGGAUAGCUUUUCUUGAUUGAAUCAAAAACAAAUACAAAAACAAAAAAAGAAAGAAAAAGAUGAGCAGAUUCAGUAGAUUCGAGCUCGUUAGCCACUCUCCUUCGCACUACCUCAACCAGACCUCCAUUCUCAGACCUCCAAGAACCCUAGCGCUGAACCAUUUCUUCCCAUCUUUCCCCAUUGUUGAGGACGAGCUCGACUGCGCUCUCGGCCUCCUUGACCUCGCCCCAGCCUCUCCCUCCUUGUUCGAUGAAUUUGGUACCAUCACAGAUCUGAUCCAGAUCGACGAAACCCCAUUUCACACCUCCACUCGCCGCGUCACGCGCCGGGCCGGACUGGGCGAUCUGUACCUGCAGGCGCUCAGCGACCGCGUCUCGGCUCUGGAGCUGGAGCUGGGGCUUAGCCGGCUGGCGAGGGAGGAGAAGAGCAAGAAGAAGCAGUACACGUGGACGGCGGAGGUGAAGAGCCCGGAGAACGACCGGAAGUACCAGUGGACGGCUGAGAUCAAUGACGGGAAGAAAGGGCAGGAGAAGAGCUACAAAUUGACGGCUGAGAUCCAUAGGAAGGGCGGGGCCCGCGUCCUGCCGCUCGAGCAGAAGUACACGAUAAAGGUGUCCACUGGUGGUUCGGAGGAGAAGGCGAAGAAGGAGAAGAAGAAGAAGUGUGAGAAGGUCAAGGAGAAGGGUACGAAGACAGUGGGGUCCAGUGCCCGCAUUGUUGAGAUUGAGGAGCCCUCCGAUCAUGGGGGGAUUGUUCUGAGGCAGGUUUUUGCCAAGAGAGUGGAUAAGAGUAAGGGUAAGAGGAAGGAGCUGUCUCCACUAGAUGCAGCUGUUCUUAUUCAGAAGAGUUUUAGGGCUUAUAUCAUUCGGAGGUCUCAGGCCUUACGUUCACUUCGUGAGAUGGCCAUUGCCAAGACCAAGUUGAAGGAGAUCAGGGGUUUUUUCCACAAUUUUUCCUACCGACGCCUUCUGGCCCGUGAUGCUGAAGAACGUCAGAGGUUCUCUGAAAAGAUCAUCGUGUUGCUCCUGACUGUUGAUGCUAUUGAGGGCGCUGAUCUGAUGGUUCGAAGAGCAAAGAAGUCAAUGGUGGAUGAGCUGGAAGCAAUGCUUGACGUGGUGGACCCACAGCCUCACGGGAAAUCCCUAUCCAUUCGAAGGAGAACUUUCGACAUGCCCGAUAAUGCUAUCAAUAAGGAACUUGCUGCUGGUGUUGCUCAGGUGGUUCAGAUGCUGGAUAAUGAGGCAAAUGCCUCUGAAGCUUUCGAAGCAUGCUUGUAAACUUCAGAUUGGAUGUGCUAGCUCUCUUACUCUCGAGGUUCUUUGUUCGCUUAUGCCCUUCUGUUAUAUGUAAACUGAGUUUGAAGAGUCUACUGAUUGUGCUUUUACUUCUAUUUUGCUGUCUCUUUUCGCUGCCCUGACAAGAGAGUGGUUUGAUUUUCUGAUCACACUCUUAUGAGUGUGUGGUUCGAAUGUUUGUUGUGUUGUUUUGUCCUUGCUUCGUGCUUUACUUGUUUGAUCUAAGGUUUUUUCUGUUGUUUAUGACGACCAUCCUUUGUUUCUUAUUCUUAUUUUGUUGGAGACUUGAAUUGUUGAAACUUGUUGCAGUAUGCCCUUUAGUUCUCAUCGAACAAAUCUAUUGAUAUUACCUGCCAUAUCCUGAAAUUUUGUUCACCACUUUUUUAUUUAGGUUUUCCGAUGUAUUUUAUGAAAUAGCUAAAAAAAAUACUAUAAAU